AUGCGGCCAGCUAUCGCGUUCACGGCCGCAAUACUGCUGCGCCUUGGCCUUAUCCACUUCGGAUACACCGAUAUAGACUACCUUGUCUUCACAGAUGCGGCACGCUUCGUUUCAAAGGGCCGCUCGCCAUACGAUCGCGCAACGUACCGCUACACGCCUCUGCUUGCGUGGAUACUGUGGCCUACAACAUCCCACGGCAUCUGGUUCGAGUAUGGCAAAGCUCUCUUCGCUGCUGCUGACGUUGUUACUGGAUGGCUCAUGGUACAGAUACUACGAAGGCGAAUGGCACUUGGACGGAGCACAGACUACGCUUGCAUUUGGCUGCUGAAUCCAAUCGUCGCCAGUAUCUCAGCCAGAGGUAGCUCGGAGGGACUCGUCGCUCUGCUCGUUGUUUCCUUGCUUUGGGCGACGCUGGAGAAACGACCCAUCUUGGCCGGUCUUCUGCUGGGACUGGCUGUUCACUUCAAGAUUUAUCCCUUUAUCUACGGCUCAAGUAUUUUGCUGUGGCUUGAGAGAGAUACCACUUCUGCCGCAUUGGAUCCCAGCUCGUCUUUGGGCGCACGGUUGUAUCGGCGUGCUACCAGUGCGGUCUGGCAACCUGCGCGAGUAAAGCUUGUAGUUGCGAGUGCAAUAUCCUUCCUGCUACUAAACAGCAUAAUGCUCUACCACUAUGGCAUGCCCUUCGUUGAUCAUACUUUCUUACACCACAUAACCCGCAUUGACCAUCGUCACAACUUCUCGGUCUACAACACCAUCCUCCACAUGAGCUCGGCUUAUCCCGCAUCAGGCUUCAUCAUGCAGAUCGAGUCGAUAGCCUUCAUCCCGCAGCUUUUGCUGUCCGUCGUGCUUGUACCAUUUGCAUCGGCUAGGAGAAAUCUUGCCGGGUCAAUGCUUGCGCAGACGUUCGCGUUUGUGACCUUUAACAAGGUCUGCACCAGCCAGUACUUUCUUUGGUACAUGGUCUUCUUGCCGCUAUAUCUGCCCGAUACAACGCUCCUUUGGGGUCGGCGAGGCUUGGUUAUGAUCGCACUUUGGGUGCUAGGGCAAGCGGUGUGGCUGCAGCAAGGCUACGAGCUGGAGUUUCUAGGACGCUCCACUUUCGUGCCAGGGUUAUGGCUGGGGAGCAUAGCGUUCUUUCUGAUCAACUGCUGGAUUCUGCGGAUUAUCGUUGAAGAUGUUGGCUUUUGCGGCAUCGGAACCACAUCGAAGAAGCAAAAUUGA